AUGGUAAGCGAAGAAAAAACUAAGCACUUGGUUCUUGCCGACUUAGGAAUUGAUCCUAACCAGGAAUACUCUGAAUUUCACUUAAUUAUCCAAGGUGUUAAAGAAAGUGAAUAUCCUGAAAUUGAAGAAAUAUUGAAAGAAGCAGGAGGCAAAAAUCAAGAAUUUAAAGGAAAAGGCAAGCCUGAAUACAUUAUCAGACUAAAAAACGAAGAAAAAGUUUUGUUGGUCGAAUUUAGCGGUGUCCAAAGAAACAAAUUAAAAAUUUCUUUCGGUAUUUGGAAAAAAGGAGAAGAUGCUUAUCAAUUCAUCGAAGAACAAACAAAGAUUUUUCCAUGGAAAGAAUAUUUUGUUGUUCAGAAAGAGGGAGAAAAACCGAUUGAUGCCUGUUUGUUGGCUCUCGAUAAUAAAAAUUUCCGAAAAGGUUUUUAUCUUAUGCUGGCCGUUGGGGCUGAUUUUUCG